CAUAGUCGGAGUGCAUUCUAAAACCCAUAAAAACUGAGUCUUGUGUUAGUGUCUUGCAAUUUGCUCUUUCUGGAAUUUACAAACAACCAUGACUGACAAAGUUAAUGUAUUGAUGAUUGGAACCGGUGAAUACACCACCGGUUAUGUGAACGGAGGAUCGUCUACUUCCGACAAGAAGGUGGGAGUGGUUGCACUUACCAUGUUUGACCUUCGACGCCUUGGUAAAGUUGGAGAAAUAUCCAUGGUUGGCACAAAUGGAUCAAAGCUACCUGCUAUCCGCGAGCAUUUAAACAAGAAUAUUGGCCAAGUCUACAAUAUGGACACGAGCUUGACGACAUAUCCUGGUGAUAAUGUCACAGAUAGGGAAUCCUAUAAGGGGGCUAUUGACGCUUUGAAAGCUGGAGAUGCCAUUACCAUUUUCACACCGGAUCCAACUCAUUAUCCUAUUGCUCUGUAUGCUAUACAGCGUGGUAUCCACGUUCUCUUGACCAAGCCUGCUGUUAAGCUUCUUCACGAGCAUCAAAACCUGAUCAACGAGGCAAAGAAGAACAAUGUCUUUGUUAUGAUUGAGCAUCACAAGCGAUUCGACCCAGCUUACGCAGAUGCUAAGGGAAAAGCCGCUGGACUCGGACCUUUCAACUACUUCUACAGCUACAUGAGUCAGCCAAAAUUCCAACUAGAAACAUUCAGAGCUUGGAUUGAAACCAAGGAAUCUGAUAUCAGUUAUUACCUCAACUCACAUCACAUUGAUCUUCAUUGUUGGAUGGUGGGAGAUCGAGGAGUACCUUACAAGGUUACAGCUUCAGCAGCCUCAGGUGUUGCUACUUCAGAGCCCUUCAACAUGGUGGAAGGAACAGAAGAUACCAUCACUUUGCUGGUCAAUUGGCGCUCUACAGACGAAAAGGCACCCACAGAAGGAACCGCUGUAUAUACCUCAUCCUGGACCGCCCCCGCUAAAUCAGAGGUGCACUCUCAGCAAUAUUUCCAUUAUCUUGGUUCCAAGGGAGAAGUCAGAGUUGAUCAAGCCCAUAGAGGAUACUCAUAUACCACUGAUAGCACUGGCUUUGCUAAUGUCAAUCCAUUCUACAUGAAGUACACUCCCAGUGAAGAAGGCUUUUUUGAUGGUCAGCGUGGAUAUGGAUACGUGUCAUUGGAGAAAUUUAUUGAUAAUUGCCAGAAGAUCAAUGCAAAGACCGUCACUGUUGAAGACUUGGAUAAGCGCGGUUUACCCACCAUCAAAAACACCGAGUUGGUUACCGCUAUUCUUGAAGCUGGUCGCCGUAGUUUGGAUGAAAAACGAUCUAUUGAACUCAAGAAGGAUAGCAACGGUGAAUGGGUUCUUGUGUAAAUACACUGUUUUAUACUGUUUGAAAAAAUAAAAAUGAAAAAAAAUAUCCAUUAAGAAGC